AUGCCUCGUGUUGCUCAAGUUCCUCGAGCAGGGAGUGUUCGAACAAGCUCAGCCUCCGGAACAGCUACGCCAUACAAAAAUCCAUCACCAGUCAAAAUCCCGCUCAACGACGAUGUGUCAGAAAAAGGGAAGCGCAUGAACUCUAGGAGGGCUCUGCACGAACGACAAUUUAACGAGAUCAAAAAGGCGGCAACCCCUCGUAAGGCUGGCCUCCGCCUCGACGACAUGGAAAAUGGUGAUCCCCAAACGCCCCGCGCCGGCCGCGCCAACUAUAUCGAAGACGAUGAGGGGUUUGUGGUCGGAGGCUCUGCAGUUACGCCUAUGAAGCGUGUACCCCUCCUGGCAAACUUCGAGGAAUGGAUGAAGAUGGCAACCGACAACAAGAUCAAUGCCACGAAUUCAUGGAAUUUCGCCCUUAUCGACUAUUUUCACGACAUGUCGCUCCUCAAGGAAGGUGAUGGAGUCAACUUUCAGAAGGCCAGUUGCACAUUAGACGGGUGUGUCAAGAUUUAUACAAACCGAGUCGAUAGUGUCGCAACCGAGACAGGCAAGCUAUUGAGUGGUCUUGCCGACAGCAACAGCACCAAGAAGAAAGACAAGGAUGGCGAAGACGUUGAUGAAAGCGACGAUGAAGAAUUGGAUGAGAACGGCAAUGUCAAGAAGAAGCCUAAGAAGAAGACGCAACGAUCAUCCGAGGCGACGCUCGCUCCCUCCUUCAACUCACUGCAGCUCAAGAAGUUUGAAUUAGAAUUCGCAGUGGACCCCCUAUUCAAAAAAGCAUCUGCAGAUUUCGACGAGGGAGGCGCAAAGGGACUGCUUCUGAACCAUCUUAUGAUCGACUCUCAAGGACGCAUUGUCUUCGACAGCAGCGACGACACGGGUGAUGCAGCCACUCUCGGGAAAAAGAACUUUGACGAAGAGGGCGAGGAUGAGGAAGAGAAUGAGCGUGCGGAAGACCCGGAGGAAGAGCAGUUGGACGACGAAGAGGAAGCUGAUGAUGUCGAGAUUGACGUUGGAGCUCUCGGUGCUAAGUUCAUUCCCGACUUGUACAGACUCGAUGAGCUCGAUGUCUGUCCUUCUCUCAAGACAUUUGACCUCGGUGAUCCUUCCGGGUCAAUGGAUAUCCCUUUCUUGAAGGCACCUGAAGACUGGAGACAAGAUCAAGAUAAGGAAAAGACACCAGGGGCUCUAGGCGAUAUCUCUGGUCUCGUCAUCGAUGGUGAUUCGCCAGCAGGAUUCGACGAUGACGACCUCGGCCUGGGAACUUUCGAUGUGGUUGAUGAUGUCGCUUUUGGUGAGGGUGGUGAGGCCUGGGCUCGAGAAGCCGCCCUGGAACCACAGAUGCGAGUGUACGACGCUGGUCUUGGCGAGGAGGGUGGUGACGGAGAUGAGAUUGAUGGAAACGGCGAGUACGUCGUUUCCAUGACAAGUGCACAGAAGUCAGACAAGAUGCACGAGGAUAUUCUCGGGUUUUUCGACCACGCCCUACAGAAGAAUUGGGCAAGUGCUGAGCACUGGAGAAUCAGGAAGAUCAAGGACGUCAACAAGCCGGCAACGGAAACGAAGAAGCGCAAGGAAAAGGAACCGUUCGAAAUUGACUUUGCAGCACCUCUUGAUUCCCAUGCUUCGGAUGUUAUCUACACACAAGCUACGAACAAUACUGCUAUAUGCAUGCCCAAGAAGGACUGGAAGUCUAAGUCACGCAACCUCCUCCCCGACGACAAGCACUUUAACUCCAAGUCUUUGUUGAGUCUUUUCCUUAAGCCAAAGGCACGGAUGGGCAAGCGCCGCACAGGGUUCAGCUCACGUGGCGGCGUCGGUUUUGGCAACAAUGGUGCAGACAAUCAGCCCGAGGGAGAAAUGGACGAAGCAUUCUGGGCCAAGCAAAAGGCACCACAGAACACCGACGAAACAGCAUUGCCGGAGGGUGAUUAUGAUGCAAACUUCUUUCAAGACGAUGGCAUGCCAUUCCCUGGUGGCGGCGAUUUAGACGAGGAUGAUGAUCUCGAGUUUGCGGACGCAAGAGAACAUUUCUCGCCAGGAGUCGACGGCCAAGCUGGAUUGACCGAGGGUGGUGGUCUUACAGCCUUGCUCAAUGGUGAAACAGUGACUAACACUGGAGCUUUCGGAACGACAUUGGUAACUCAGACAAGACGAGUGCGACCAGAAUAUGUUCAAUACGCAAGAGUAGCCAAAAAGGUGGAUGUUCGAAGGCUCAAGGAAGAGCUGUGGAAGGGCAUGGAUAUUGACAUUCUUGAGAAACAACCUGAACCUGCACCAGACGGCGACAAGCCUAAGCAGGAGGAAGUGCUCAAGUUUACAGAAGUCAUGAACAACUUGCAAACAGUAUAUCCCAAGCCGGUUAUGGAUGAUAUUUCAACAUCAUACUGCUUCAUCUGCCUUUUACAUUUGGCCAACGAGAAGGGCUUGGUGAUUGACAAUACGCCCGGUUUGUCGGAGCUGGAGAUCCGCAGGGACUGGACGGCGGAGAUUGUUGAGGGUGAAUAA